GAGUUGGUGGCUGCGGCGUGGGGGCUGAGAGGUGAAUUAAUAAAAGCAUCCAUGGAGAACAAUGAAAAUAGAGUGGAUUCAAAAUCCAUUAAAACUUCAGAGACAAAGAUCUUACGUGGAAGCAAAUCAAUGGACUCUGGAAUAUCCUUGGACGAUAGUUACAAAAUGGAUUAUCCUGAAAUGGGUUUAUGUAUAAUAAUUAAUAAUAAGAACUUUCAUGAAAGUACUGGGAUGGCAUGUCGGUCUGGUACAGACGUAGAUGCAGCAAACCUCUGGGAAACCUUCACGAACUUGAAAUAUGAAGUUAGGAAUAAAAAUGAUCUUACAUGUGAAGAAAUUUUGGAAUUAAUGUACAGCGUUUCUAAAGAAGAUCAUAGCAAAAGGAGCAGUUUUAUUUGUGUGCUUCUAAGCCAUGGCGAGGAAGGAAAAAUUUUUGGAACGAAUGGACCUGUCGAUCUGAAAAAAUUAACAGGUUUCUUCAGAGGGGAUUGUUGUAUAAGUCUAACUGGAAAACCUAAACUCUUCAUUAUUCAGGCUUGCCGAGGCACAGAACUAGACUGUGGUAUUGAGACAGACAGUGGUGUUGAGGAUGACAUGGCCUGUCAGAAAAUACCGGUUGAGGCGGACUUCUUAUAUGCCUAUUCUACAGCACCUGGUUACUAUUCCUGGAGAAAUUCAAAGGACGGAUCCUGGUUCAUUCAGUCACUUUGUGCAAUGCUGAAACAGUACGCUCGCAAGCUUGAGCUUAUGCACAUUCUCACUCGGGUUAACCGAAAGGUAGCAGUAGAAUUCGAGUCCUUUUCCACUGAUUCUACUUUUCAUGCAAAGAAACAGAUUCCUUGUAUUGUGUCUAUGCUCACAAAAGAACUGUAUUUUUAAUCACUGAAGAAAUGGAUGAUUUUUUUUUUAAUCUAUAUGCCAAGUGAGGAAACGGUGUGACUGAUAAACUAUAUUUUCCUCUCUCAUUUAAAUCUAAUCUAAUCCCCCAGGUGACACAUGGAAACAUGUCACUUUCAUAGCAAUAAAACUACUAUGAAGCUACCUCAAACACAAUCAGGUAGUUGAAAUGGAAUUUAAUUAAGAAUAAACAAAAAUGGAUAACGGUACAGUCAUUAUGAGAGGAAAUGAUUGUAAAUUAACAGCUCUCAUUAUUAGCAAGUUUUAAUGAUUAUGCUACGCUACAAAUUUUCAAGGAAUUAUGGAAGAAUUUAAACAUUGCUCUAAUGUGUUUCAGUGAUAUUGACAAUGCUCGUUUCAGAGAACACGUUCUGGUUUUUGUCAAACUAUAGACAUGACGAUGUGGAAUAAUGUAUCAUUGAACUUGGUGGUCCAUGUGCACGGUCAAAUGCUUGAAGACCUUGCUCUUAGAAUUAGUAUUUGGAGACAACACAAUGGUAUUUUUAUAUCACUCAUCUGAGCACAUGGUGUUGCGAUGUCUGUCCCAAGCAUGUCUCUCUUGUUUAAAAAAAAAGAAAAAAUCCUGUUUAGUAUUGAAAAAGGAACUAAAUGUUUUACUUGAGAAUGCGCAAGAAAAGUAAGUUGGCUGUCAGGUUAAAUGCAACAUCGAUAGAGGGAGACAGAGUUAGGGCUCUACGGUGCUGAAAUACAGCUCUUCCCGCCGGCCGCUGGGCCUCGCGCUCCCACAGGAUAUCUGAAGGGCCCUGUUGCGAAACCUCAAACCUUGAUCACACUGAUAGCAGCAUGAAUUGAAGAAAUUCUGUAGGAGCAUACUAAAAUACAACUUACAGAAUACACAGUGAGGUGUGAGGAAGAAACAGUGAAUCAAUCAGCUGGGCACUCGUAAUUAGAAGAUGGCUUGAGCCUGAACAGGGACACAGCACAGCCUAUGUGAUGAAGUUAGAGCCCUAGACUACGGCUUCAGGAAAAGGAAUGCUGGCUAGUUUCUUCAUAGGUACUGGUGUACAUGGAGGAUGCUCCCAAGGCAAGAAGCUCCAAGAAAGUGAACCAAAUCAAACUUCUGAAAUGGAAAUUUUCCAAAGAUGGUGAGAGUCAUAAUAAAAAUUGUAGCACCUUUCUUUUUUUUCAAUUUUUUCAAUGACAGCUUUUAAUUGGAUGUUAAAUUCUUAUCUGCCUCUCUGCAGAUAGCACAUUAUAUAAAAUACAGCUAGCACCAUUACCCCUGUACCGGAUACACUGAAUAACAAUUCGCUUCUCACUUUACACCGAGGGGGAGAAGGGCCGCAGUUGUCAGCCUGUCAGAAAUUAAGUAUGUUAAUUAAUGCUUAAGUGUAUGAAUAUGAUUUACAAGAGGCUCGGAGUGUUGUUGGGAGAAAAUCCUGAGGUCUGUCAUUCCCCUUCAACGAUAACAAGUGCUCAGUGACCUUGACAGACUGUGUGCAGACAUGGGUGUGGCCACGUGUGCACUUGGCCGCCAAGCUUUGGGAGCUGAAGUACUCCCAAGA